UGUUUCACGAUGUGCCUACAUAUUGCUUGUGGUUGCUUGCAUUUUAUCAUUAUGUUCUGAAAAGUACACCUACCUAGUUCAAGUUGAAGAUUCAUUCAAAAUGUUGAAUAAGACAUCGGAAAUUUUGUUUUUAACACUGUGUUUAUAUUCCAUAAUGUUUGUUGAAGGACCAGGGAGCGAAAGUGAAAUGGAAGAAGAUGAUGAUGCUGCUAGUGAAUAUACGGUCAACAGUGAUUCAGAGGAGGAAGAAGACAUAAUUCUUGAUCCAGAUAAUCUUUUCACUGCGAAUGAAACUGUAUUCAAUGACGACAACUAUAAUAGCGAUGAUGAUGAUGAUGAUGAUAAUCCCGGAUGGUGGUGAAGGCGACAGUGAUGGGGGCUACUAUGCAAGCAAUUGAUUAAUUUUCAAUCCUUUUACCAAUAGCCACCAUAAUAACUUCUCGUAUUAGAAACUUGUAAAUAUUAAAGUAAUAAUCUAUUUAGAAAUUAAGUAUGGUAGGUGCACAAGUAGGUAUACAUACCAAUUUUAAAUAUAAGUUAUAAAUUAAGUUUGUCAGCGAGGUCUGUUGUGAUAAAGUACAUACGAGUGAUAGUCAAUAUGUACCUUAGUUUCACAUGGCUGAAAAAUUGUAAACGCGUGGACAUUUUUUGACCAAAAUUGGAGGAAAUACAUAUAGUUCAAACAUUCGACCAGAUCUGACAAAUUUUGUUUUGCAUUUGGGUGCGUUGUUUGUAUUUUACAGCGUGAUUAGUAAAGUGAUGAUAAAAAAAUUCCAUCCAAAUGUGGUAUUUGGUCAAAAAAAAAUUUAUAGUUGCAAUAAUUAUGACUAAAAUUCAUCAAGAAUUACUCAAAACAUAUUACCAUACUAAUGUUAUUUCAAGUUAGGGCGUUAUUUAGCGCUUUAAAUUGUUCAUGUGAUGGUCGCAAAAUUUCGGUGCUGAGUGAGUCUCAACAAUGCAGACAUUCAGCAAAUAUAAUCUACCUACUUCAUUUGGAUUUUGCUUGAAUCAAAAUAAUGUUAGGUAGUAUGUUAUGUUUUGAGUGGUUCUUAAUCAAUUGAGGGGCUAAUGGCAAAAGUCGCCUUAGUCAGAAGUGAUUUUUGUACAAAUCAAUGAAAACGUUGUUAUUGUACUUCAAUGGUAAUGUAAAAACUCUAUGGUCAAGUAUUAAAAAACAUCUUCAACUAUCCCAGAAUGCAUUAGAAUACUCAUUUUUCCCUUUAAAAUUGAUGAACUAUGAAAAAUGUUUAAAGUUGUGUGAACAAAAAAAUGACUAAGGAGGUUUUCACCAUUAGCCCUUCAAUUUUCCGAUGAAUUUUUCUUUUGUUAGCUUGAAAAAUCAAUUUUUUCUAAAAUAUAAUUUUUGAGCGCUGUAAAAUACAAACAACGCACCCAAAUGCAAAAUAAAUGUUGUUGGAUCUAGUCGAAUGUUUGAACUACAGUUGAAGAUUGUUAUAACGCUUUUGGUUAUAAUUCUGAUUUCCUCUGGUCCCUAGACAACCCCAUUUAAACCAAUGUAAAAUUAAUCACGAUAUAACGCUCAUGAGCGAUUAUAAAUCGCGUUUUAACACUAUAAAAUUCAGAAAAAAAUCACAUUUUUUUACAAUUUUGACAGCAAAAAAAAAACAAUUUUUUGUGACAAAAAAGCUUACUUUCAUGCAAAAAAUUCCCAGUUUCUGAAAACUGUACUUGUGACAAUAGUUUUUUUUUUUUUGCAAUUUUUGCAGUUUUGAUUUUUAAAAAAGUAAAAAAAAAAGAACUUUUAUGGCAAACUAAUGCCAAAAAAUCUGUUUUUUAACUUUCAACUGUUUCAGUACAUAUAAACAAGUAAAAUUAUUUUCAAUUUUGGCCAAAAAAAAGGAAGUUUUUUUGAUAAUCUUAUCAAACUUUAGUAGAAACUUGAUUACAAUUCUAACAAAAAAGGUAGGUCUGUAGCUCAGGAACGUGUUUUUUCAAAAGAAGAAAUUGUAAUGAUUAAAAGAAUGGAAAUUGAAUGGUUUCAAACAACUGCAGGUAAAUAAUUGAGCUUUUCAAUAUCACCAAAAGUUUUUAAAAAAUAAAUUCAUUUAAGUAGGAUUUUAGUCUAUGCAAUAUGCAUGUCCCCAGCUGUUCAAAAUUCAAAAUAAAGUUCACGUUUCCACUUCUUUUAUUACGCUCUUUUGCAUUAAAUGAGAAUUCGCGGUAUUACAGUGAUCAGUGUUAAAAACAAAUCUUUUGCUUAUAACGCGUUUUGACUUAUAACGCUCUUUUUUUCUGUCCAUUGAAGAGCGUUAUAACGAGGUUUUACUGUAUACCUAUUUCCUCCAAUUUUGGUCAAAAAAUGUCCACGCAUUCAUAAUUUUUCAGGCAUGUGAAACUUACAUAUUGACUAUCCCUCGAAAUUCUACUGAUUAAAUUUUGAUUACCUCGAACUUGAAUCAAUAAAUAAAUCAGCAGUUAGGUACCUAUAUUUCAGAUUUUUUCACAUAGAAUUCUGAAAGCGUAUUCCCUAAUUAGAUUAGUGAAAUACCUAAGAACCUAUUUAACAUCAAUCAGUGUUUUAGAGAUGAAGUUUUCAGAAUUGUAUCUAAAAUAAUGGUGUAAAUCUGUUGAAAUAAAGAUCAU